UUACAUUUAUAAAUUUAAUUUAUACAUACCUCUGCAUUGAGGGUAUAACUUUUCAUUCAUUUAGUGCACAUCAAAACGAUAUCUGCUUAUAUGAGAUUCUAUGAAGCCAGAGGGAAGACAAAGAGCAGCAGUGACCUCACAGACAGCACAACCCCAGAUGACAAAAACUUACCACCUAAGUUUCCUUCGAAGACAUUUAUUGUUGUAGCUCUUUUUUGAUUGAGCUCUAUAAUGUGUUUUGAGAUAACUUUUGCAUAAAAUGUGACAUACAGGUCUACCUUCAUCCUUUUAGAUAUGGAUGUUAACCCUUGCUAGCCCCAUUUUUUGAAAGAAAACUGUUUUUAAAAAUUAAUAUUCAUUUAUAACUAUAAAUGCAAUUGGUCUAAGUGACAUCCUUCUUUGAUCCUAUAUUUCUCCAAACAGGUUUCAAACUUAAAGGCAUGACAAUCCUUAAAAAGAUGUCUAUAGAAGCUGUGAAAUUUACUGCUUCCUUCUUGUAUAAUGAGAUCAGGAAAAGCAUUUAAAAUAUUUGAAAUAUCUAUCUGCUAGCAAUUACUGCAUAUUAAUCUAUAUUCAUGUUUCUUUUCAUAUCCUAUCUAUAUGAGUCCUGCUAUUACUCCUACAAGUAUAUUAUAAAAUAUGUUGUUUUAGUCCAAGAAUUCUUAUACAAAGAAAAAAAAGUGCAAUCCUAAGAUUUCACACCAACAUUUUAAAGCAUACGCUAAGCUAUUUAGGCCAUUUCAGGAAGGCUCUUCUGAGAUUCAUAUUAUGAGCCCCUCACAUUCCUGCAAUGUCAGUCUUGAACACCUCUGAAAUGGAAAUCUCUACCUUCUUCCUCAUUGGGAUCCCAGGCAUGGAGCAUGCUCACAUUUGGGUCUUGAUCCCCAUUUGCCUCAUGUACCUCCUUGCCAUCCUGGGGAACUGCACUGUCCUCUUUUUCAUAAAAACAGAGACCUCUCUGCAUGCUCCAAUGUAUUAUUUUCUCUCCAUGCUGGCCUUUUCUGACCUGGGACUUUCCAUCUCCUCCCUUCCAACCAUGCUGAGAAUCUUCUUGUUCAAUGCCACUGGAAUUUCCCCCAAGGGCUGCUUUGCCCAAGAGUUUUUCAUUCAUGGAUUCUCAGCUAUAGAGUCAUCAGUUCUUCUCAUCAUGUCCAUAGAUCACUUCAUAGCCAUCUACAGCUCUCUGAGAUACACCUCCAUCCUGACCAGUGCCAGAGUCUUUAAAAUCGGCCUCAUAUUUGCUGCAUUAUGUAUCAUGUUUGUCCUCCCUUUCCCCUUUAUUCUAAAGAGGCUGAAAUUCUGUAGGAAAAGCCUUCUAUCCCACUCCUACUGCCUCCACCUGAAUGUCAUGAAGCUGGCCUGUUCUGACAACAGGGUCAAUGUUAUCUAUGGACUCUUUGUGGCUCUUACAUCCUUAUUGUACUUGGGGUGCAUUUCUGUGUCUUACAUGUUGAUCUUGAAACUUAUUCUAGGCAUUGCCUCACACAAGGGCCGCCUCAAGGUUCUCAACACCUGCAUCUCCCACAUCUGUGCUGUGUUCAUCUUCUAUGUGCCUUGGCCGCCCUUCAUCGCUUUGCCAAAAAAUGUUUCCCCAGUCAUUAGGGCCAUUAUAGCUGAUAUUUUCCUUCUGGUACCCUCUAAUGAAUCCCAUUGUAUACUCAGUGAUGAGUCAGCAGAUUAGAAAUCGGAUCCUGGCAAAACUAUGUGAUAACAAGGUUGAUGAGCAUUGUCAGCCACAAUGAAAACUCAACUCAGCAAUUUCUGAACAAUUGUAGGAACCUGAAGAUAGUAAUGACAGAAUAGAGACUGAACGCAAAGCUACACUGCCUAUACUAAGUAGGCCCUCAAAUGUCAAGUUAUUGAUUGAAUUAAGCAGCAACAAAAUCUAGAUAAGAUGUCUUAGACGUUAGGCCUGGGGUUAUAGUCUUCUUAUAUCUAAUUGUCCCACCUCUUUUCUGAUUGCUAUUUCUCUAUGCAACCACCUAUCUAUCAACCUUAAUAGCAGUGCAGUCCUAAUUAGGACUUAAAAGAUUUUUAAAAUAUGAUUCUAAACAAAAAUAGAAAAAAAAAAUAACAUGUCUGUGGCUUUAAUUAUCACAGGCAUAAUCAGCAGUGACUAAAAUGUGCUGGAAGAUUAAGCUCACACACUUACCCACAAAAGAAUCAGCAAGUUCUGAAUAUCUAGUGUGUAUGCAUUUGUGUGUGUGUGUGUGUGUGUGUGUGUGUGUGUGUGUGUAUGUGAUCAGCAAUUCAUAUAAUCUAUUAAAAAUUCUCUGCCUUAUAGGACUGUGAGAUGUGUUUGGAGAGGUAAGGCUCACAUACAUAAAAUAAUUUAAAUUAAAUUCAAAACAUAGAUAAGCAGAUAUUUCACUUAUUUAUAUUUUCAAUAGUUUGCAAUAGACUCCACAAAU